AUGGCGAUUGCCGAAAACUAUGAAGAGGUGCUAAAGGGCAAAUACCCGGCCAAGGCACAUGCAAAGAAGGUCGCAGAGUGGAUCAUCGAGAAGGGUGGAGACAAGAACGGAACUAUUUACCUAGAAGCGCAGAAGCAGAAGUUGAACGAAGACAACGACGGAGAGGCACCAUUCCGUCAGCGACGGUACUUCUUCUAUCUCAGCGGCUGCGAGCUGCCAGACUCGUAUCUUGUAUACGAGAUUGCCACCGAGAAGCUCACACUCUUCAUCCCUCCUGUAGAGCCGGAUGAGGUUAUCUGGUCUGGUCUGCCCAUGAGCCCGGAAGAGGCCAAGGCCAAGUACGACAUUGACGAAUGUCUGACUACCAAAGACGUCAACUCUCACCUGGCAAGCCAAUCUGAAUCUGCGCAAUCAACCGUUUACGCUAUUCCGGAGCAGGUAUCCGAUCACAUCACCUUUAUUUCCUACAAAGAGAAGGAGUUCAAGCAGCUCAAGACCGCCAUCGAGUACUGCCGCGUCACAAAGACAGACUAUGAAAUCGCCCUCAUCCGCAAAGCAAAUGUCAUCUCAACAGCAGCCCACGAGGCCGUCAUGAAGGCUGCGUCGAAAGCGCAGAACGAAUGCGAACUUGAGGCUGUCUUCCUCAAGGCGUGUGUAGAGCGCAACGCGAAGAACCAAGCCUAUCAUUCUAUCGUGGCUGCCGGUGAACACGCCGCAACACUGCAUUAUGUCAACAAUGCUGCUCCAAUCUCGGAUCAGAACCUUUUAUUGUUAGACGCAGGAUGCGAGGUCGACUGCUACGCUUCCGACAUCACACGCACGUUCCCCGUGAAAGGCAAAUUCACAACUGAAUCCCUUGCUAUCUAUAAGAUCGUUCUAGACAUGCAGCACCAGUGCACCAACGCGCUCAAAGCUGGUGUCGUAUGGGACCACGUACACGAGCUCGCCCAUAAGAUUGCUAUCAAGGGACUUCUGGAACUCGGUAUUUUGAAGGGCGAUGCGGAGGAGCUCUUCAACAAGAGAAUCAGCGUCGCUUUCUUCCCUCAUGGCCUAGGUCACUACUUGGGAAUGGACACCCACGACUCCGGCGGCGACCCCAACUACGCGGACAAGGACGUCAUGUUCAGGUACCUAAGGAAGAGGGGAACUCUACCCGAACGCAGCGUCAUUACCGUUGAGCCUGGUAUCUACUUCUGCAAGUUCAUCAUUGAGCCGUACCUCAAGGAUGAGGAGAAGAAGAAGUACAUCGAUGAGAGUGUGCUGGACAAGUACUGGAGUGUGGGAGGUGUGAGAAUUGAAGACAAUGUGCUCGUUACCAAAGAUGGUUUCGAGAACUUGACGCCGACGGUCAAGGAAAUUGAUGAUAUUACUCAGUUGAUUGUGUCUGGACAAUAG